AUGUUCUGGCGGUACAAAGAUGUGAAGGUAUAUAGCUCCCGCCAUAAAGCUUACAACAUUACAACACCUAGGAGUCUGAAACUAUAUACCACCUCCCUAAACUGGUUAAUAGUGGCAUGGAAGAUCCAUUUGACUUCUCCAAAGAACGCUGGGACAGUAGAAGAAGCAGGUCAGUCCACUGCAGACCCAGGCAUGGUCAUGGACAGUGUGGAAGCAGGAGACACAACACCUCCUACCAAAAGGAAGAGCAAGUUCUCAGGGUUUGGCAAGAUCUUCAAGCCCUGGAAAUGGCGGAAAAAAAAAAGCGAUAAAUUCAAAGAGACAUCAGAAGUUUUAGAGCGAAAAAUAUCUAUGCGAAAACCGAGAGAAGAGCUGGUUAAAAGAGGGGUUCUGUUGGAAGACCCUGAGCAGGGUGGUGAGGAUCCAGGGAAGUUGAGCCAUGCCAUGUUAAAGAAUGGCCAUACCACCCCCAUAGGGAGUGCCAGAUCUUCUAGUCCAGUCCAAGUAGAGGAAGAACCAAGAAGAAUAGCAAGUCUUAAGAAGCCUAUUCCAGAAGAGGACCCAAAGAAGCGACUAGGCUCAACUGGAAACCAGCCUAAUUCUGAAGCAGAGUCCAUUCCUGAGAAUGUACCCAAACAGCCUUUACUUCCCCCUAAAAGACACUUGUCCUCUUCUCACGAAGCAAAUGAAGGGCAAGCAAAGGAUGCCACUUCCUCUGGCAGCACAGCAAGACCACUCUCCUCCACGCCCACCACUGCCAUCACCACAGCACCUGCUGCCACCACGGCUGCCACAAACCCAGCAAAAACAGUUAAUUCCUCUGUCCCCCCUUCCCAAGCACCCAGGACUCUGCCUGCUUCUCCUGCCAGCACUAACACUACUGCUACCCCGAGCCUCACUCAUACAGUUCCUGCCAAGCAGCCCCCUAUCCCUCCCCCUAAACCAGCUCACAGAAAUAGCAACCCUGUCAUUGCUGAACUAUCCCAAGCAAUCAACAGUGGUACAUUGUUAUCAAAGCCGUCCCCACCUUUACCACCUAAGAGAGGCAUUCCAUCAACUUUGGUACCCACCUCAGAGUGUGCUGCUGCCACUGCCACCACCACAAAAGCACCAAGUGAUCAGAAAGAGAAGAGCACAUGCUCUGUGGGCUCCGAACCCCUGCUGAUGAUCCCCCCUACCGCCCCAUCCCCCCCACUGCCUACUCAUAUACCUCCAGAACCCCCUCGGUCCCCUCCAUUCCCUGCUAAGACUUUUCAAGUUGUGCCAGAAAUUGAGUUUCCACCUUCCUUAGACCUACCCCAGGAGGUUCCCCAGCAGGAAAGUCAGAAAAGGGAAGUACCCAAGAGGAUGUUGGACCACAGCUUUGGGGAGCCCCAUGUACCCUCUAGGCUUCCCCAAGUCCCACUGCAUAUCCGAAUCCAGCAGGCCCUGACCAGCCCACUCCCCAUGACUCCUCCCUUGGAAGGCUCUCAUAGAGCUCACUCAUUGCUCUUCGAGAACAGUGACAACUUUUCUGAGGACAGCAGUACCCUGGGUCGGACCAGGUCACUUCCCAUCACUAUUGAAAUGCUGAAAGUUCCAGACGAUGAAGAAGAGGAGGAGCAGAUCCACAUAUUUGCAUUCAGCGCAGAUGUAGCAUCUACCUCAGUCAUUCCUAAACUACCGCAGUGUCUGCAGGAGGAAGAAGAAGGGAAAGAGAGCCAAGUCUUCUCCAUGUUUUUCUCUCCCUUGUACAAAGGUGCUCUGGCCAACAAAGUGAAGAGGAAAGACACACUGGCAAUGAAGUUGAACCACAGACCCAGUGAACCUGAAAUGAACAUGAAUUCUUGGCCUCGAAAAAGCAAAGAGGAGUGGAAUGAAAUACGGCACCAGAUUGGGAACACGCUGAUCCGACGACUGAGUCAAAGACCAACACCAGAAGAACUAGAACAACGAAACAUACUACAACCUAAAAAUGAAGCUGAUCGUCAGGCAGAAAAACGAGAGAUUAAACGUCGGCUCACUAGAAAGCUCAGUCAAAGGCCAACUGUGGCUGAACUGCUUGCCAGGAAGAUUCUGAGGUUUAAUGAAUACGUGGAGGUAACAGAUGCUCAUGAUUAUGACCGGCGAGCUGACAAACCUUGGACCAAACUGACCCCUGCUGACAAGGCCGCAAUAAGAAAAGAAUUAAAUGAAUUUAAAAGCUCAGAGAUGGAAGUUCAUGAGGAGAGCAAACAUUUUACACGAUUGAAACUUGUCCGUAUGGGAACUUACAGUAACUCUGUUCAGUCAGACAUUCCAACGUGGAUACCCCGGGAGGUCACUCUCCCCGGGCUCUGUCCUGGUGGCGUAGGGGAGCAUAGGGCUCUGCCCCAUGAUGUACAGUCCCUUUCCACAACGUUGGAGAUGAAGCUGGGCCUUGAGUCUGCGCCUGCAUAUUCCUACAGCUUCUCAGAGUCCUCUGGACGAUGA